UCCCAGGGUCAGAGUGUGAAAAAUGGCGUCCAUCUCCGCCACAACCACAGCUUCUUCCUUCAUCCAUGCAUCUCUCCUUCGCAACCCCUCUCUAGGGGUUUCCUCCACCCCAGUUCUCGGGCUGCCGUCGAUGGCGAAGAGAGGAGAGUGGUGAAGUGCUCGGCGGAAGGAAACAGAAGCAACAGCAACGGGUGGGAUAAGAAGGGGAUGAUGAGCGCUUCGCUGAUGGCGGCGGUGGCCGCAGCAGCUGCGUCGAGCCCAGCAGCGAU